UUCUGUGUGCUUCUAAUUUAAGCCAUCAUCCACCACUAUCAACAACGUUACUGCAGCAAUGCUUCACUGGUCUUCUCUGCGUUUUAAAAUGCAUCAAUUUAUUCUGCAAGACUAGAGGAUAUAAUAUCUAUAGCUAAAUGGAGAUUACUCGUGCCAGACCAUCGCUGUUUGGAGAUAUAGCUCAUGGCCUGGGGUUCUGGACAGACCGUUCGGCGGUACACGAGGCAGCAGCCCAGGGAAAGGCUCUUCAGCUACAGAAGCUGAUCCAGGGAGGGGCAGCAGUUAACAUAGUGGCUGUGGACUCCAUAACCCCCCUCCACGAGGCCUGCAUACAGGGACAAACACAGUGUGUCCGGUUGCUGCUGGACGCUGGUGCUCACGUGGAUGCGCGGAACAUUGACGGCAGUACCCCUCUGUGCGAUGCCUGCGCUGCGGGCAGCCUGGAGUGUGUGAAACUACUCAUACAACAUGGGGCUACGGUCAACCCUCCGCUGUUCACCUUCUCACCCCUCCACGAGGCCUGCAUGGGGGGUAACUCUGACUGCGUUCAGCUCAUGAUAGACGUGGGAGCUCUGAUGGAGGCCCAUGACUGCCACUUCGGGACACCGUUACAUGUAGCGUGUGCCAGACAACACUUUGACUGCGCCAAGGUCCUCCUCAAUGCAGGGGCGAACGUGAACGCUGCCAAGCUCCACGAGACGGCGCUCCAUCACGCAGCCAAAGUAAAGAACGUGGAUCUGAUCGAGCUGCUGAUUGAGUUCGGUGGGAACAUAUAUGCCAGGGACAACCUGGGCAAAAAGCCCAUCAACUACACAAGUCAAGGUUCUCCCACCAAUAUCUGCCUAGAGUUCUAUGAAAAUACUCCCCUCAGUCUACAACAGAUCAGCAGGAUAGCUCUGAGAACAGCACUGGGCAGAAGAGCCCUGGACGAUGUGUCCAAACUGGGCUUGCCCAAUCGCAUCACCUGCUACCUCUCAUAUCAGCCACCACCAGAUCUGGACUUGGACUUUGACUACUUCUAACAAGCCCCAUCCUACUUCUAACAAGCCCCAUCCUACUUCUAACAAGCCCCAUCCUACUUCUAACAAGCCCCAUCUUACUUCUAACAAGCCCCAUCCUACUUCUAACAAGCCCCAUCCUACUCCUAACAAGCCCCAUCCUACUCCUAACAAGCCCCAUCCUACUCCUAACAAGCCCCAUCCUACUCCUAACAAGCCCCAUCCUACUCCUAACAAGCCCCAUCCUACUCCUAACAAGCCCCAUCCUACUCCUAACAAGCCCCAUCCUACUCCUAACAAGCCCCAUCCUACUCCUAACAAGCCCCAUCCUACUCCUAACAAGCCCCAUCCUACUCCUAACAAGCCCCAUCCUACUUCUAACAAGCCCCAUCCUACUCCUAACAAGCCCCAUCCUACUCCUAACAAGCCCCAUCCUACUCCUAACAAGCCCCAUCCUACUCCUAACAAGCCCCAUCCUACUCCUAACAAGCCCCAUCCUACUUCUAACAAGCCCCAUCCUACUUCUAACAAGCCCCAUCCUACUCCUAACAAGCCCCAUCCUACUCCUAACAAGCCCCAUCCUACUCCUAACAAGCCCCAUCCUACUCCUAACAAGCC